GUGCCUGUAGUUACUGAAGCAGGGUGGUCUCUCACAGAACACAUCUGCUCACAACUGUCACGGUGUCGUCCUUUGAAACAUCCAAGUCUUGACCAAGAGGAACUCAUAUAUACCGCUGAAUUGAAGACAUGGCAGACCAACUGACAGAGGAGCAGAUCGCUGAGUUCAAGGAGGCCUUCUCUUUGUUCGACAAAGAUGGGGACGGCGUCAUCACUACAAAGGAGCUGGGAACUGUCAUGAGAUCGCUGGGACAGAAUCCAACUGAAGCUGAGCUUCAGGAUAUGAUAAACGAGGUUGACGCGGACGGAAACGGAACCAUAGACUUCCCAGAAUUCCUCACGAUGAUGGCCCGGAAGAUGAAGGAUACCGACUCGGAAGAAGAGAUUCGUGAAUCAUUUCGGGUAUUCGACAAGGAUGGCAACGGCUACAUCAGCGCCGCGGAGCUGCGUCACGUGAUGACCAACCUGGGAGAGAAGCUGACAGAUGAAGAGGUGGAUGAGAUGAUCCGAGAGGCGGACAUUGACGGAGAUGGUCAGGUCAACUAUGAAGAGUUUGUGAAGAUGAUGACUUUUUGGUCCAUUUUGGAUAUUUUUGGGCUGGAAGGCACAGACAUGGCAAGCCAACUGACAGAGGAGCAGAUCGCUGAGUUCAAGGAGGCCUUCUCUUUGUUCGACAAAGAUGGGAAUGGCAACAUCACUACAAAUGAGCUGGGAACUGUCAUGAGAUCGCUGGGUCAGAAUCCAACUGAAGCUGAGCUUCAGGAUAUGAUAAACGAGGUUGACGCGGACGGAAACGGAACCAUAGACUUCCCAGAAUUCCUCACGAUGAUGGCCCGGAAGAUGAAGGAAACCGACUCGGAAGAGGAGAUUCGUGAAGCAUUUCGGGUAUUCGAUAAGGAUUGCAACGGCUACAUCAGCGCCGCGGAGCUGCGUCACGUGAUGACCAACCUGGGAGAGAAGCUGACAGAUGAAGAGGUGGAUGAGAUGAUCCGAGAGGCCGACAUUGACGGAGAUGGACAGGUCAACUAUGAAGAGUUUGUGAAGAUGAUGACUGACAAAGACAUGACAGAACAACUGACAGAGGAGCAGAUCGCUGAGUUCAAGGAGGCCUUCUCUUUGUUCGACAAAGAUGGGGACGGCGUCAUCACUACAAAGGAGCUGGGAACUGUCAUGAAAUCGCUGGGACAGAAUCCAACUGAAGCUGAGCUUCAGGACAUGAUAAACGAGGUUGACGCGGACGGAAACGGAACCAUAGACUUCCCAGAAUUCCUCACGAUGAUGGCCCGAAAGAUGAAAGACACCGACACGGAAGAGGAGAUCAAAGAAGCAUUUCGGGUAUUCGACAAGGACGGUAACGGUUUCAUCAGCGCCGCGGAGCUGCGUCACGUGAUGACCAACCUGGGAGAGAAGCUGACAGAUGAAGAGGUGGAUGAGAUGAUCCGAGAGGCUGAUGUGGAUGGAGAUGGCCAGGUCAACUACGAAGAGUUCGUGAGUAUGAUGACCGGCGAAACACGGUGAUUCCCAGCAGUAGUU